AAUUGCUGGUGGGAUGGUUGCAAUAGCUGGAGCUCCCAUUGGUAAACCGGGUAUAGGUUCCGCCUUCUCUUACUUUGGUGCUUCCCAUUGGGUAGGGCCGGGAAACACGGUAAAGGGGACAUGCCGGGAGUUGCAGUCCCCUCAGGAAAGUAGCGUCUUGAUCUGUGUGGCGUGGUUCUGUGCCUUGGGAAGAGAUGAAUGGGAAGCGGCCAGCGGAGCCCGGCGCAGCCCGGGUGGGAAAAAAGGGAAAGAAGGAGGUGAUGGCGGAGUUUUCGGACGCUGUUACGGAAGAAACCUUGAAAAAGCAGGUGGCUGAGGCCUGGAGCCGCAGGACGCCGUUCAGUCACGGUAACCGGGUGCUCUCAGGGAGUGGCCGCCACGCAGAGGUCUAGGGACCUCUGAAAAAGCCCUGGGACUCGCGCCCAGCCCUGGGCAGCGGGGCCGCAAGGGAAGAGGCUCUUAGAGGACUUUGGCCACCUCCUACCCUCCUGCCUCGGCUGCUGCUCCCUUUCACUCCAAAUUCGGUUUCAAUUUAGAAACGUGAGAAGAGGGAGAAAUGGAGGCCGGAGAGUUUUGGGAAGCAGAGGGUAUGCAAGAGAUAGUUGCAUUCUGGAGUCACAGAUUACUGAGUUAGAAUCCUCUCCCCUGAUUGGGCGUCGCCAGGCAAUGGAAUUAACCUUAUUAAACUUCAGUUGCUUCCUAAGUAAAAUGGGAUAGUUCAUAAUAUUUACCUCGGAAAGUCGGUGAAUGGGAGCGACACACUAAUGCUUGCAGGAUUCAGUAAAUGUUUCCCUGAGUAAGGCCCAAUACUACACAUGUGGACAAAUACAGGAGUGGCUGAUGUCAUUUCUCCUGCAAGGGCAUUGCUCAGCUGUCCCAGGAGAGUCUAGCCAGGGCAUUUGUCGUGAGCUGCCAGCUUGGCUCCCUAGUGUACUCGUCUCUACGCGCCUGUAGUUUGACUCCAUGAUGUAUGAAAAUAAACGCGCUUUGACCAAGGAAAGGAGCCUACGUUGAACAAUUCCAGCCUCAGCUUUAAAUAUCACCUUAGGUGUUCAGAGCUCUGCUUCAUGCGCCAGGCAUCCCCUUCUAGAGUUUGCCGUAAUUUUUCUUUCCGUUGUCAAGUGCUUUGAAGAGAAGUCAUUGUCAUGGACAUGGACCCUUUUCUUCACUGUGUGAUCCCAAACUUCAUCCAAAGCCAAGACUUCUUAGAAGGGCUUCAGAAGGAACUGAUGAACUUGGACUUCCAUGAGAAGUAUAAUGAUUUAUAUAAGUUCCAGCAGUCUGAUGAUUUGAAGAAGAGAAGAGAGCCUCACAUCUCCACUUUAAGGAAAAUUCUGUUUGAAGAUUUCCGGUCCUGGCUUUCUGAUAUUUCUAAAAUUGACCUGGAAUCAACCAUUGACAUGUCCUGUGCUAAAUAUGAAUUCACUGAUGCCCUGCUGUGCCAUGAUGAUGAGCUGGAAGGGCGCCGGAUUGCCUUCAUCCUGUACCUGGUUCCUCCCUGGGACAGGAGCCUGGGUGGUACCCUGGACCUGUACAGCAUUGAUGAACACUUUCAGCCGAAGCAGAUUGUCAAGUCUCUUAUCCCUUCGUGGAACAAACUGGUUUUCUUUGAAGUAUCUCCUGUGUCCUUUCACCAGGUGUCUGAAGUCCUGUCUGAAGAAAAGUCACGUUUGUCUAUAAGUGGCUGGUUUCAUGGUCCAUCGUUGACUCGGCCUCCCAACUACUUUGAACCCCCCGUACCUCGGAGCCCUCACAUCCCACAAGAUCAUGAGAUUUUGUAUGAUUGGAUCAACCCUACUUAUCUGGACAUGGAUUACCAAGUUCAAAUUCAAGAAGAGUUUGAAGAAAGUUCUGAAAUUCUCCUGAAGGAGUUUCUUAAGCCUGAGAAAUUCACGAAAGUCUGUGAGGCCUUGGAGCAUGGAGAUGUGGAAUGGAGCAGCCGAGGUCCCCCUAACAAAAGGUUUUAUGAGAAAGCUGAGGAGAGUACGCUUCCUGAGAUAUUGAAGGAGUGCAUGAAGUUAUUUCGCUCUGAGGCACUAUUCUUGCUGCUCUCCAACUUCACAGGCCUGAAGCUUCAUUUCUUGGCCCCUUCGGAAGAAGAUGAGAUGAAUGAUAAAAAAGAGGCAGAAACCGCUGAUAUCACUGAAGAAGGGACUAGCCAUAAUCCUCCUGAGCCAGAGAAUAAUCAGACGGCCAUCAGCAACAACAGCCAACAGAGCAGUGAGCAGACAGACCCAGAGCCAGAGGAAAAUGAAACAAAGAAAGAAUCAAGUGUUCCCAUGUGCCAAGGGGAACUGAGGCAUUGGAAGACCGGUCACUAUACUUUAAUUCAUGACCAUAGCAAGGCUGAAUUUGCCCUAGACUUAAUUCUGUACUGUGGCUGUGAAGGCUGGGAGCCAGAAUAUGGCGGUUUUACUUCUUACAUUGCCAAAGGUGAAGAUGAAGAGCUGCUAACAGUGAAUCCAGAAAGCAAUUCUUUGGCAUUGGUCUACAGAGAUAGAGAGACUCUGAAAUUUGUCAAGCAUAUUAACCACCGAAGCCUGGAACAAAAGAAAACCUUCCCAAACAGAACAGGUUUCUGGGACUUUUCAUUCAUCUAUUAUGAAUGACAGCACUGGGCAAAGCUGAACAAAAACGUGACCCUUCGUAAUUACUGGGAAGUCUGGAAGAGCUAAGCAUGGAGUCAAGGAGAACUACAUGGUACCUUGCCUGACAGUGUUCUUAAAACUGGUUGUCUUUUACUAGGACUCAUAAUGAUUGUCCUCAACCGAGACCUUGAGCUUGCAGCUACGUACUUAUCUCUUGAUUAAAAAAAAAAAAAAAAAGUUGGCUUUUUUUUUUAACAUUGAGUCCUUUUUCCAUAUUGGCUUCUUCAGUGAAUUUUUAACUUCAAUUUUUUUUUAUUGAGGUAAAAUAUUUAUAACAUAAAACUGACCAGCUUACCCAUUUUUAAAUAUGCAAUUCAGUGGAUUACGUACACUCUCAUUGUUGUCCAGCCAUCACCAUCAUCCAUCUCCAGAACUUUUCCAUCUUCCCAAAUUCUGUGCCCAUUGAACAAUAACUCCCCACCUCCCCUUCCCCUAGCAACAGCCAUACUUUUUGUCUCUAUCAAUCAUCAACUUCACUACUCAUAUUUCUCAUAUAAGUGGAAUCAUACAGUAUUUGUCCUUUUGUGACUGGUUUCACUUAGCAUAAAGUCUUUAAGAUUCAUCCAUGUUUCCAGUGUUUCGGUUUUUUUAGAAAAACUCAUACGUGAUUGCAGCCGGGCAUGGUGGCUCACGCCUGUAAUCCCAGCACUUGGGAGGCUAAGGCAGGCGGAUCACCUAAGGUCAGGAGUUAAAGACCAGCCUGACAAACAUGGAGAAACCCCAUCUCUACUAAAAAUACAAAAUUAGCUGGGCGUGGUGGCACAUGCCUGUAAUCCCAGCUACUCAGGAGGCUGGGGCAGGAGAAUUGGUUGAACCCAGGAGGCGGAGGUUGCAGUGAGCCGAGAUUGUGCCAUUGCACUCCAGCCUGGGCAACAAGAGUGAAACUCUGUCUCAAAAAAGAAAAAAGAAAAAAACAUAACAUAAAUGAUUGCAGAAUUUUGUUCUUCUCAAUCAUGCUGGUUUAGAAAAUUAUGGAGCCUUACAUCCUGAUCAUGCUGGGCCUUAGAAUUCUGACACAGUGAGUCAUCACAUUUCCUCCCACUGCCUGUGGCCUUGUUCCACCAUGACUCUCACAAUACAGUGUAGGCUUAGUGUAGUAUUACUCCCUUGGAAAGGGUCUGGCCUACCAUCACAUGCCCCAAGAAACUUCUGGUUGGUAAAGAAGAUAGGCUGCUUAUUGCCAUGUGUAGUCACUUCCAAGUGCCCACUGCCUUUCCAUCCUGCAAUUGUGGCCUGUGUAUAAUUAAAUGAUUUUAGCCUCA